AUGACAGUGACGUCCCUUUCACAGGAAGAGAAGGACGCCCUCAUAUACGACGCCAGAGAGGGCGAUUUGGACUACCUUAAAGAGGUGUUCAGCAGCAUAGUUCCAGGAUCGUUGCUUCCUACAAUUCAAGAUGAGAACACAUUAAGCACUCCAAUUCAUAUGGCUGCCGCCAACGGGCACGUUGAAGUUGUCAAGUACCUUUUAUCACUUUUACCAAAAGACGAGGCUGAAAAGUUGGCAAGCAGACAGAACGAAAGCGGUAAUACCGCCUUGCACUGGGCAGCAUACAACGGUCACUUGAAGGUGUGCCAGCUAUUGACGCAGGAAUAUAACGUAGACGUCUAUAUCAAGAACGGCUCGGGACACGAUGCCAUUUACGAGGCCGAGGCCAACAAUCAGGAGGAAGUGGAGAACUGGCUCUUGAAGAUGUUUGCUAUCGAAGAUAAUGUUAAAGUGGAGGAGAAAGGUGAAGAUACGAAAGUGACGUAUACUCCAGGCAAGGAGUCGAAGGAGCUCGAGGAGCAGGCUCAGGAAGCCGUGAAAAAAGCCAGUGAAGAGAAGCAGCAGAUGGAAGCGGUCAGUGAGAGCACUGAGAAGUUGAGCAUCCAAAAGGAUGAGUCCUCUUUGAAUUCUAAUUGA